UUCGCAGCUCGAUUCGCGAGACUCAUUUGCACGCUCUCGCCAUUUCGUCAAACUCUCGCAAGGCCGUCGUCAAAUGCCCAGCUAUUUGCACACGUUCAGUUGCACACGAUUCUUGUGCAAGCUACGAAUAUUUUUGCCCGUGUUUCGUUUUCAUUUUUCCCUGUAGACCAUACUAAAAGCGAUUAACAAGCUGUCGCAGACGGAUUCGUUAUAGGCCGCGUAUCAUACGCUUUGUGAAAGGUACACGGAGAGCGCUGGGGGGUAAAUGAGCUAAGUUUUUCUGACAACGUGGACGCUGCAUUUUUCAACAAUGUUCGUACUCUCAGCCUGGAGAAUCCAGCGACGUGAGAGUCCUUCACCAGGAGCAAUCGUAUUAGCGGCCUGCUUGCUCUUCUCGUCCAACGCCCAAAGCUCGCGUGCUGAGAUUGGCACGAGCACAUCUGGAGAGAAGUCAGCGGAAUCGGCGUUAACGACACCAGCCACUGCCGACGGUCAUAAUGGGACUGGCCUCCUGCAAAUUGCACGAGACUUUAUGGCGAGCGACUUCAUCAGCGUACCUCCCUCCUUGACGCGCAAGCUGCUCGCUGCUGACUUACGGCCAGAGUGCAGUUUGGCGUUACUGCGGACAGUGACCGCCUUGAAGAAGUUGGAGCCGUGGGUAUUGAGGCUAUUAGAUGCGACCGGAAAGUACCCGACCGGCGUGCUACAAUUCUCCCGUGCUGACAUCGGGGCAUUCGACGAGUGCCUGGAGACGGAAGUACAAGAUGCCUAUGGCAAUGUGGUCUCACACGGCCAAUACUGCGGCCUGCUGUUCAACCUGAAGAGAGACUCGAUCGGAGAGGAAGAGAUGAAAUUUGUCUCAUCCCUUCUACAUCCAAAGUUCGUUCAGUUCUUUGGGGCAUUUACAGAGAUGCAAGUGCCAUUCAUUCGCAUCGGGCUGUGUUUUCUCGAUGACUGCACACAGAGUGAUUUACAAGCGCUAGUGGACGCAUUGUUGCCAGAUCCUGUCGAUGUUCAAGUGGAAAACUGCGUCACUGCGACACCCGAACCGUGGAGUACAACGCAAAUAGGAGUUGUAGCAUUCCUGGCUGCUCUAUUCGCCGUAAUAGCCGGAGCCACUGUUGUCGACCUUUACAUGGAUUCGAAGGGGAAUGCUGCGCAGAAAGGUGGUGUGCUACAAAGGCUCGUGGUGGGGUUCUCGGCUGCGAGCAACACACGAGCGUUGUUCCGCGUGGCCGGUAAGACUCACCCCGACCAAUAUUCUCUGAGUUUCUUGCACGGCAUGCGCGCCAUUAGCGUCGCAUACAUUGUUCUCGGCCAUUGCUACCAAGCCCUGUCAGACACUUGGGGACGCCUUUUAAACAUGGUGAUCGAUACCGAUAAUAGCGCAUCCAUGAUAUUAGCGGCGGCAUUUAACAGUGUCGACACUUUCUUCUUCCUCAGUGGGUUCUUCUUGUCCUUGGCUGUGUUGAAACAAAAAAGGAAUGGACCCCUCGUCUUUCUAAUUGCAGUGGUGCGAAGGCUAAUCAGGACUUGUGUGCCACUCUUCUUUGUCAUCAUGUGCAUCUACGUGCUUCCACGCUUUGUAAGUGGACCAGAUACGAGAAGGUUCUUCCAGAAGUAUGACAAGGAGAUCGCGGAAACCUGGUGGACUCUGCUAUUGCAGAUAAGGAAUUGGUAUGGAAGAAUGAACGAAAAGACAUUGCUGGUUCAUCUAUGGUACCUAUCUGCGGACUUCCAGCUUUUCGCCGCCUCUCUUCUCAUUCUACUCAUAUUUAAAAAAUGGAAAAAGCUGGCUCUGGAAACUUUCACCCUGUUUUCUGCAUUGGGCUGUGGUAUUGCACUAUGGACUGCAACUAACCCGGCCGUUCUACCCUUCAUGACCUAUCCUGCUUACACAAGAACCUUACAACUGACAACCAUGAACAUAUACUACGUGCGACCUUUCUAUCAUGCCAUCUGCUUCUUCAGCGGCUGCAUGACCUUCAUUUUGUUGGAAGACUUCAGGAACGUCAAGAUUUCAAAGACCAUUCAGGUGACCUGCUGGUGCGUGGCCGUCACCUGCGCGCUCAGUGUCACCUUCAUGAAGAUUCCCUGGUACAGGCACGAAGCCCCUUCUGGAACCGUGAAACUGGUGGCAGCCUUCUCUGAGCGUGUGCUGUGGUCGCUCUUCCUUGCAUGGUUCACGCUAGCUUGCGCAACUGGGCGAGCAGGAUUCAUCGGUCAAUUUCUAUCUUCGAGCUUCUUUGCGCCACUGAGCAGGCUGUCCUUCGGCGUGUACCUUAUACAUUAUCCCUUCAUCAUGUUACUGCUACACGCAUCAAGAGAACGUAUGCACUGGUCCCACUUUACUCAGGUGACCCUAUUUUUUGGCGUGUUCAUCUGGAGUUGCCUGCUGGCGUACGUGGCAUUCAUCGCGUGCGAGGCACCCGCGGCAGCACUGGACAAGUUGGUAUUUCAAGGACUUACUGGGCGAGGAAAACCUACGAAGCAACAGCAUCGACCUGAGAGCAGCGUUGCAGUAUUAAACGUAGGAGGUGGCCAAGUUUAUCAGUCAUCAGUUAAACUUUGAUAACAGCGAUUUUUUGUCAAGUGACAUUUGUGCUGCUCUAGAUAGCCUCAUAUAUUAUGCUGCUAGCUGCACUUUACGAGCAAGCAGUUGCCGCACAGCGUACAUCAACAUUAUAUCAACACCUCUUCCGAAGAGGCAUCGAGUGCUAUCCAUAUUUCAUUUGCGUGUGAAAUUUCAAUAAACAACGGAAUGUCACAAAGACAUCGUUAUAUCGGAUAUUUUUCAUUUGAAUUGAAACGGCCCACUUCGAGGCUGAAAGCAAGGCAAGUAAAAUACUGAGGUUGUAUUUUUUAAUUUUUUUAGUCUAUAUGGCAUGAGGUGACUGUAACCGGUCUUCUAAAAUAACGUUCGUCCAAUAAAAAACUAACAAUAUUUCGGGUUUCGUGCGCCAA